CAUGACACUUGAUAUGUUGUUCAUCAGUCAGUCUGACUAAAUGUGUACUCGUGUAGACUGUUGCCCCACCUGAAAGCGGGAUGUCGGUAACGUGACUCCUUACCUAUAUAACGCUCUCUCUCAUCUCGUGAAAGGGUGCCUGAAGUUGCGCGUCACAGCGGUUGCCGUGUACACCUGCUGGAAUAGCGUCCUGCCAAGCUGCCAAGCAGCCAUCAACUAAGUUGAGCCCUCGGUGUAACUGAUGACAGUCGUCUCCUAUUUUCUCGUUUACCAGGACUCAGGUAGGCUCUUAAUCUGAACUGACUGUGCUUCUAAGUCCCUCGCUUGGAUAAAAAAAGAUAAGGAAAAAAAACGGACGAGCUUAUGAGAAGCGGGAUCCCUGCAGUCCGUCCUCACCGGUCCGUCUGAUCGAUUCGCUACACGGGAGAGGGCAACAUGCCAGUCCAGAUUCCGGAUGAUACCGAUUUCGCCUCGUUCAAAGACCAAUGCGAAAACCACGAAGGAUGGAUAGCGCGGUACAACAAGGGAGGUGUGACGGUGUGGUGUCGAGACGGCGAUGAUAGCAAAGGUGUCCAGAAACUCAAGAUGAAAAUUGUGUGCAAAGAUGUCACAGCGGAGACACUAUACGAUGUCCUUCAUGACACCAGCUACAGGAAGAAGUGGGACUCAAACAUGAUUGACACCUUUGACAUCGGAAGGCUUACAGUCAAUGCAGACGUUGGAUACUACUCCUGGAGAUGCCCCACCCCUCUGAAGAACAGGGACUUCGUCACCAUGCGUUCAUGGCUGCCCCUGGGAAACGACUAUCUGAUCAUCAACUACUCUGUCAAACACCCGCAAUAUCCGCCAAAGAAGGAUUACGUGAGGGCUGUGUCUCUCCUCACCGGGUACCUCAUCCAGUCCAACGGGCCAAGCUGCUGCUCCCUCUUCUACUUAACGCAAGUGGACCCCAGAGGGUCUUUGCCCAAGUGGGUGGUCAACCGAACCUCCCAGAUUGUUGCUCCUAAGGCCAUGCGUAAGAUCUACAAGGCCUGCCAGAAGUACCCCGAGUGGAAGAGGAAACACGACCCGAGCCUGAAGCCCUGGAUGUACCCGGAGCAGAACACGCUGCCGUGCAUCAACGUGGCCGACCUGACGGUGCAGCGGGCCGACUCCCUGGAGAACAUCGACGAGAGCGGCGUGAGCGAAGACAAGACCCAGCAGCAGCAGCAUCAUAGCGACGACGAGGAGACCUAAAUGCCGUCCUAAACACACCUCCUUCCGCAACCCCCCUGUACUGUACAAUGAAAAAGAAAAUAUGUGAAACUUAGAGGAUGAUUCAGAAUUGUUUUGUCUUGUAUGGUGCGUACCGGUACUAUCAAAGGUGGUACAUACUGUUGAAGGGCGGCUUUGGCCUAAGCGUUUGUGGAUCAAUGGGAAGAGGGUGUAUUCCUACCCUUUCUUCCAUGGCUAAACUGCCGCCCCUGAGCAAGGCAUCUAGCCCCACGUUGCUCCAGGCCAGGGGCUGAAACCAUUACCCUGCAAGUUGCUUUGGAUGACAGCGUCAGCAAAUUCUAAUGUAAUAAUCAAAAUAAAGCAGCUAAUUUGAACAAAACAAUCCUGAAAUAUUAAUAAGUAAGGCACACAUACACACUCCAUCUACGAUUCUUACCGUAUACAGCAGCAUAUUAAUAUUGUCAAAGGAAUGUGUAUGUGUGCUUUAUUCAUGUAGGCUAACUCAAAUAAAAUAUGCGGCACUGUAGCCCCGUAACA